UAUUCUUUAAUAAAAUAUAAGUUUUACGUAAUCCGAAGGAGUUUGGCGAAUCUGAGAGACGAGAGAAACGCUGUGUAGUUCCCAUCAGAGAUACCUCUGCUCUCGUCGGAGGUACCCUCCGUUGACGCUUCGAGAGGAUGACUCCUUAUCGUUUCCUCCUCUCAUUCUUCAUAUUUCUCCUUCAAUUCAUCGCCUUUGCAUCUUCUUCCACCCACUCCAAUCUCACCCACAUUUUGCAGGAUGUUCUGAAGGCGGUGUCGGCGAAACAGAAGUGGGAUUCUUCCAAUAACGACGACGUGAGAGUAACCAAGUUCGAUGUCGGAAAGGUUAUGUUCGGCACCUCCCUCAGCUACGAGUUCCGAAUCAGAUUCGGCACCGAUAAUAAUGAUAACUUCACCCUCAAAUUCGUAGACCAAGUUGCCACGUGGAACAAGUUCAGAACGCCAUUUACCGAUUUACCCCCUCUCGUUCACCGGCUCGGUUCCUUCCCACUCCUUCAUACCCUCAAAUUGGAAGGUCCCUUUGCGUUGCGGGUCGAUGCUCUUCACAACCUAUCGCUAUCCCUCCCCAUGAAUGUUUCGUACACUGGUUUGAAACACAUACUUGUUGGUGAGGGUAUUACAGUAGAAGUAAGAAGAGCACAAGAAAUAUCUCUUUUUUACUCGUCUGAUCUUGAUCUACAAAUGAAUGGAAGUGCCAUGUGUAGUGAAGGGAAGAGUGACCUUUGGCCCUUUAUGCAAUCAACUUGCAUGGCCCUGAUUCCCAUACGCAUAUCAGGGUCUGCAUCUUUGGUUGCCUAUAGAGCUCGAAACGCUUAUGCACAAAUAGCAACUACAUUGAUUUCAGAGGAUGCUAUUGAGCUGCUUCCAGAAAAAUGUUACCAUGGCCAUGUGUUUAGAAAGCGAGCAUGCCCCAUUGAUUCCUUAAGUUUGAGAUUAAGUUUGUUGGAGAAAGUUUUGAGGAGUUUUCUUGACCAUAAGAUACUUAAAGAUCAGCUUUUUGGCCUUCUUAAAGCAAAUAUUAAAGCAUCAGCUGUUGUAAAGUUCCCCUUAGAAUUAGAAAGGGACAUAAGUAAUAAUGCCACUCUUAAUCGUACGAUUCCUGAUUGGAGAACAAGGCCCGGUUUUGAAAGGUUCUGGUUUGAGAUAUUGGCCAGAGUUGAGGAAAACAAGCUCAAGCCUCUUUUAAUCAAGGAAGUAAGACCUUUUAUCGAAUCAGUUUCAGUUUCCUGGGCGAAUUUGAUGUCCAAUAUGUCAUAUACAAAGUUGAGACCAGUGUUUUUUCUUCCGGAGCCUCUUACACUGGAUGUGAAAUGGUAGGAGAAACUCUUGUAAGCUAUUGUUUUUUUACACUUUUUAGGUUAUAUUUGUAGAUUCUUCUGUUGAUCUUGUUAUAUGCGAGAGUUCAAUUCUUGUAAAAUAUUACUCAUGCACUCAGGAUUGGUUCUUGUAAAUACCAAAAUAGGAGAGGAGAAAGAAGGAAGUGUAAUUUGCGUUUACACGAUUUGGUAAUCUUUUAGGAUAUGAACCUAAUUCUUUCUGAUGAAGCAGUCUGGACUAAGCUGGUGGCUAUUUCGUAAUGUGUUAGUUUUUACCAUGUUAGGUGGUUGUGCUGAUUAUGAAAAGAAAAAAAGAAAAAAAUUCUAUGGGGGAGGUAUUGUA